GCAUUUUCCAAAAAUGGCUCCACCAAAACGAAGAAGCACCCGUCCAACAACUCCAGCAGCUCCUACAGAUCCACCAAUUGAAGAAAAAAAGCCGGAUCUUCUGAUCGCCUACGAUUCGGACGAGAAAUUCGUGUUCUCCUUCAGCGAAGAGGGUCUCACAGCGAAAGAAUGCGCUGAAAAAAUGAACGGAUUCAGUACAAAAGAGCAAUUUCUGACAGAAGUCCACGUGGAUGAGAUGCUCCGUUUCCUAACAAAAGUGAUAAUUGGAAGAAAAGGAGAACCACUGAAAUGUCUAUGCUGUGAUCGUUUAUAUGUUUCAUCGUCUGGAUUCUUAAUUCACAUUAAAAAAUGCUCAACAAAAAAUGAGCAAGAUCGUCUAACAGAUGCUCAGAAUAAAUAUCGAAAUGAGCCGAGUAAAUGGUUAAAUGUUCGAAAAAAGGAUCAAAUUGCCACGUUGAAGACAAUUGUUGGAACUAAUUACACGUGUUUUAUGAUUGGAUGUUCACUGAAUUUUGGAUCUUUGAAAGAUCUUAUUGAACAUCUUGCAACAUGUAUUGGAGCUGAUUAUUAUAGUUAUAAGAAUCGCCCAGACGACUUCCGAAAACUAUCAAAAAAGGCGAAACAAGCAUACACACUGGAUGCAGUAACAAAGAAUAAAGGAAUAGUAAAAUGCCUUGUAUGUGAUAAAGAAUAUACGAAUCAUAUGUCAAUUAUAUAUCAUAUUGAUCGUUGUCAAGUCGAUAAAUCACUACAACCAUGGAAAUGUUGGAGAUGUGGAUUUGAUGCAACUGCUGCUGAUGCACAAGAACAUUUAAUCGAUUGUGGACGGACUGCUGAAAUGAAAAUGUUCGAUCGGCUACCCGAAUCCUCGUCGUUCGGAUUCCCAAUCCCCGGCUCAUCUGUUCCAUCCACCUCCGAGCCCACAACUUCUGCUGCCGCUGCUCCAACAAAACGUAAACGAGUCACCGGUGGAGCUCCACGAGCAACUCCUCGUAAAGAUGGAACAACACUCUAUAGAUUCCGAAAAUCAACAAUCAGUAGAUCAAGUAAUGGAAUUGUAACGAAAAAGGAUAAGAAGCUGUAUGAGGAUCAAUGUUCGAAAAUUUUCGAGAAUUGGAAGCAGAAAUCCGCCGAAAUUGCAUUUUGUGAUACUCUCUCGAAUAUAGCAAAUUCUAAAUGGAAAUUGUCGAUUCUCGAUUCAAAUGAUCAAUUUUAUCGUAUUUUUACACGUCAAUCAGUAACUCUUGUCUCUGGAAAAACUCUGGGUCUCCAGCAAACCGUACCGCCUGGAAUUCGCCUUGACGCCCUGAAAUCCCGAGAAAUGUUGGAUGAAGAUGAUGCUCCAAAGGCCACUGUUGGUUAUUGUGGUGCUCCAAUUAAUUCGAUUAAUGUUGCUCCUGGGAAGACUCGAGAUGGAAGUGACGUCAUUUGUGUUACAACAUUUGCAAAUGAUACUGAUCUUGAAUCGGAUUCUAGUUGUGUUCAAUUCUGGAAGCAUAAGCUUGGAAAAAAGAAGAAAAGUCAUUUGGAACUAUGGUUUCUUAUUCAUCUACCACUACGUGGAACUAUUCUGCAUGCUACGUGGCUUCAGAAACAACAUAAUGAUGAGAUGAUGACUUCACUUAUCGGUUAUGUGGCAUUUUCCACCACUAUUGGACAGAUUUUGAUCUAUAAGAUUGAUGAAUCUCGCGUUCCAGAAGCACCGGAUAGAGGUGACAAUGUGCAUGUAAUCGUAGCGGAUCCAGAUUUAACACUACGUCUUCCAAAAUCAACUGACACUCCCGAUGAUACAUUUCUAAAUGCUGACGUAAAAAUGGAAGGAGACGAUAUUGUAGUACUUCCAACGAGAAUCGAUGAAUCUACAGUACCUCUUCUCAAAAUUGCAUGGUCUUAUCAUAAUGGUGGUGCAACACUUGCUGCUCUAACUGCUCUUGGAGCAAUUGCAAUUUGGAAUUUAGACGGCGGAGAUCUUGACAUGCCACGUGUUAAUAUUGAAGAGAGCUGGCAAUCACCACCCAGUGAUAUUGCAUUUUGGAAUAUUGAUCAUUUAGUUGUGGGAUUUCGAGAGAAAAUUGUCAAAGUUAUUAGUAUUGAGACGUGGGAUGUGAUGUUGGAAGAUAAUACUGCUAAGAAUGCAGGAUCACGUGUUCACACGGACAAUCGAAUUGUCAGAAGCUUCUUCAUGUUUCAAUCUGAUCACACAGCUUUUCCGUAUCCGAAUGCUACCAACUUAACCUAUGUGCAUUGUGACAUUGAUACGAUGACGAUGAUUUUGGUCCCGACUGGAAAUACCCAUCAACUUCUGACAUGGGACGUAGCAAUGUGUCCGGCAGUUGGAACUCUGUUGUCAUCAGGAAUUGACGGACGUCUUGUCGCAUCAGCAACCGGCCGAUUCCUAGGAAACAUGCGACAUUCCUACUUUGCAAAUCGGAAUGUGAUGGCUCUGAAGCGACGAAGAAUCUUGAAAGAAUCUCAAACAAUGGAAGAAUAUCUAAAAGAAGUGAAGAUGGAAGGAUCUGCUGAAGGAUCAACCUCAACCUCGACGACAAAAAUCUCAGAUGACAAGAUCAAUGAACCAUUGGAAGAGAGCAUCACAGAGCACACGGAAGUUUGUCAGAAGAUGUGGCUCGAUGUGCAAUUCGAUGAGAUCUUUGAGCCAACACGCCCGGAAUUUUCGUGUCGAGACCAACGAAUCGAGUCGCUGAACUGUGUGGAUGGAACGACGAGUCGGGAUUGGCCAGUGAGCUUCACCGGAGGAGAAGCUGGACUCUUGUUUGCAGUUUCUGUCAAGCUUCAUAUCGAGGAAAUGGAUCUAUAACCGUUUUUUUCUGAAAAGUUGUUAAUUUUUUUAAUUGUUGAUUUUAAUUUAUUUUUGUGAGUUUUUGAAUGAAUUUAACCGAAUUU